ACUAACACAACACAAAAACAAGCGAUAUUAUAAAAACAAAGUAAAUUCUGGAAAUAUGAGCUCCCCAACGAGUAAGAAUGUUAGCGAAACGAAUGGAAACAAGCCUAAGAAGUCGGGCAAAACGAACUCAAAUGCAAAAAGUGGGUCGAUGGAUACACGCGCCGAAUUGGCGGACCUGAUUAAAAAGAAGGCCGAGACAUCGGAACAACUGGCCAAUUUGGAGCGACAGAUCUACGCCUUCGAGGGUUCCUACUUGGAGGACACACAGCUCUGCGGAAAUAUCAUCCGCGGAUGGGAGCGCUACUUGACCUCCAACAAAGCCACCAAUUCGAAGGCCGACAAGCGGAAUCGCAAGUUCAAGGAGGCCGAGCGGCUCUUCUCCAAGUCCAGCAUCACCUCCAUGGCUAUAUGCAAUCCUGAGCGUGCCAGCGAAUCGGAUUCCAUAACAAAUGAAGACUCCAGCGACAAUCAGAUCUCCAUCAAUCAGAACACAACAACGGCCCACGAUGGAACAACGACAAUCAAAAGCACGCCGAAGGAUGAAAAAGAUUCCCCUUCGCAUCGGAAUGAGAACACUCUUUCAGUUGGUGGAGGUGUCGGAGUGCUUGCAGGAUCUGCCAGCAGUGGAGGUGCCAGCUCUGGAAACAAGGAUCUUCUUGGCACACCCACUUCGAUAACGAAGAGCAAACUUUCCACCAACUCCAGUGCGACGGCGAAGAAGAGCGGUCAUAUUAACAAAAAGAUUCGACAUCGAUGAGUAAUCCACUCUUAAGUUUUAAAAUAACAUUUUGUACAAUAAAUAAAGAGAAAUCAGAUUGAACACAA